AUGGCGGACAGCGGUAUGGUUGAAGAUUACUGGACUGCCUCCACGCUGAGACUGGUCUACUGGAGGCACACUGGGCCAGCUUAUCUACUGAAUAAUACCAGCUCCCCAUGGCCUCGUAUUACAAUAUACAUCAACCCUCACUCUCAGACCAGGCAGUUAAUAACUAGCCACACCCCUCCACUAUCAAUAGACCUAUCACUGGUACCUAAUAAACUAUCAUUCCAGGACGUACUGGUACAGUGUAUCAAGUAUAGGUCACUAUCAAUACUGGAGAGACUCAAGAAACUCUUUAAUGACACACCAUGGGAGAAUAAAGCUGUCCUUCACUCCAGCCCUCCCUGUCUCUCCCUCUCUCUCUCCUCCUCUCUGGUGGAUCAUCAGUUGAUCCUCUCAGUUGAUAUUAGGAUAGGACUGGUGGUGGCUAGUCUGGAGGGUGUGGUCAGGCAUAAUAACGAGCUCAUUAAUAAAACCCUCCAAUCAAUAGAGGAGGAGCUACUUCAUGAUCCUAACCAGCAGUCAUUAAUUAAACACCUGGAGACACUACUCUGUCAGUUACACUUGUUCCAGUUGACUUGUCUCUCUUCUUCGGUUGGUCUCUCUCACUCCUUCUCCCUCCCCCUCCUCUCCCCCCUCCCUGAGGUACCCUCCCCCGUCUUCAUUAAACUGGACCACGUCACCUACCUACUGGUAUCAGUCUCUAUUGAAGGGGGCGUGGCAGUGGGCGGAGUCACAGAGUCCUAUUACAUGUUGAGGGUGUUCCCCUCUCCUUAUCUUCCGCUGGUUUCUGAUGAGCAGAUCCCUCGGUCUUUCUUUAAGAUUGAGUCGUUAAUUAGAAUAAGUACCAGUAGCGCCUUUGAUCACAUGACAGGAAUCAUAUCAAUGUUGCAAGGAACUUCAAAAUUAAAGCGAAAG